AUGGCUAAGAAAGAAAAGAAGAACGACUCCGUCGCUGUAGAUGAAGAAGACAACUAUGAAAAGAGAAUGUCAGCUAUUUUACCAUUUGCUAAGCCAUUAGCUCCAAAGAAAUUAAAUAAGAAGGUUUUGAAGACUGUCAAGAAGGCAUCCAAGGCUAAGCAUGUCAAGAGAGGUGUCAAGGAAGUAGUUAAGGCAUUGAGAAAGGGUGAAAAGGGACUUGUUAUCAUUGCUGGUGACAUUUCUCCACCAGAUGUCAUCUCACAUAUUCCAGUUCUCUGUGAAGACUCCUCUGUUCCAUUCGUAUUCAUUCCUUCCAAGGAAGACUUAGGAUCAGCUGGUGCCACCAAGAGACCUACUUCUUGUGUGAUGAUCGUUCCAGGCGGUGGAAAGUCCAAGAAGAAUGCAGACAAGACCGAUGAAUACAAGGAAUCAUUCGACGAGGUUGUCAAGGAAAUCCCAGCCUUAUAA